CUACUGGAAGAUGUUUUUGCUGAGGGAUAACACAAAGGGGACAGAAGAAGCUUCUGCAACUUAUUUACCUUCUUUUACAACCUGAUCAAGAUAAAACAGAUACCUGAAGCUAAAAAAAAUGUCCUCACCAGGUGUUGAGAAACAGGAGCAUAUGGAUGUGGUGUACAUCUCCAUUGAGGUAGCCAUUGCUGUGGCCUCUGUCCUAGGAAAUGUACUUGUUGUGCUUGCAGUUUAUGUGAAUCGGGCUCUCCGGGACACCACCUUCAGCUUUAUUGUGUCUCUGGCUGUGGCUGACAUAGCUGUUGGAAGUUUGGUUAUCCCUCUGGCCAUUGUUAUUAGUCUGGGAUUCAGUACCCAGUUCUACACCUGCCUUAUCCUCUCAAGCCUGGUGCUGAUCAUCACCCAGAGCUCUAUCCUGUCACUCCUUGCCAUAGCCAUAGACAGAUAUCUGCGCAUAAAAAUUCCUACAAGGUACAGCGACAUAGUGACCCAGGGAAGGGCGUACAUGGCGGUUUGCAUGUGCUGGAUCCUGUCCUUCCUUAGUGGAUUGGUUCCAUUGGUUGGCUGGAACAACCAAAGCAGCAGGAACCUCAGCAACUCCAGUGAGAUAGUUUGUAAAUUUAAAACUGUUAUCCGGAUGGACUACAUGGUGUACUUUAACUUCUUCGUCUGUGUGGUGGUGCCACUGAGCUUGAUGAUCAUCUUGUAUGGGGAGAUCUUCCGAGUCAUCCGGCAGCAGCUAAACCGCCGUGCAGAAGCUACUUGUGAUAGAGAACGAUACUACAGAAAGGAGCUAAAGCUUGCCAAGUCACUGGCCCUGGUGGUUUUUCUUUUUAUCAUGUGCUGGAUGCCAAUACACAUUAUUAACUGCAUUGAUUUCUUUUGUCCCUACUAUGAAAUACCAAAGUUUGCUGUGUAUAUAGGAAUUUUUAUGUCUCAUGUAAACUCUGCACUAAACCCAAUGGUUUAUGCAUUCAGAAUGAAGCGGUUUCGUCAAACACUAAUCCUAAUAACUCGCCGCUGCAUGUUAUGUAAGGAUACAAUGGCCACUACAUACCCUAGCAGCACUAUAGAAGCAAAUGAUAAAAUGACUGUAAAUCUAUAG